GGAAAUCGCGCCAUUCCCUGUUGGACUCGGGGAGCCACGUGGUUCGGAACCGGGUGAGGAAGACCGCGCUGGUUUGUUGACAUUCAGUGCUCUGACUGUGGACUUGGAGGAGGAGUAGGAAUGCCUAGAUCCUGCUCGCGGGCACUUUUGCACAGGUCUCCUCUUGGAGAAGAGCAGAAGUCUGGAUUCUGAAGAUCAGGAUAAUUGCCUUAGUCUCCCUUGCUCCUCAGGGUUCCUGAAGAGGCUACUCUACACGUCUGUGAGCUGUGUGUGAAUGAAGAUUCACAUCUCAUAAAGUGAUAUCCUCAGAGACAGACACAUUUUUGUGAUAUUUUCUCUCUUUAUGUUUAUCCUUCUGGCAGGUGUUAUCAUCUUUUUUCUUCCAUUAAAAGUUCCAGGUUUUUUCUGAAGAAUCUCUUUUUCAAAUGCAAGUCUCACAUUGUGAGUCAGUCCUGCUCACCUGUAAAGCAGAACAAAGGCCUGGAUGGUGAAGAAAGGGGAGGCAGUAGCAAAGGAUCCAGGAUUUGUUGACACUCAGUGCUGUGACUGUGGACUUCUAGGAGGAGUGGGAAUGCCUAGACCCUGCUCACAGGGCUGUUUGCAGAGAUCUCCUGUUGCAGAACUGCAAUAGUCUGGAUUCUCUGAUGGAUUCACAUUGUCAGUUAGUCCGGCUCACCUGUGAAACAGAACCUAGAACCCUGGAUGGAGAAGAGAGAGGAGAUAGUAGCAAAGGAUCCAGGAUUCGAGUCUUUGUUCCUGAGACAGAAAUGCUAAGAACAAUAAGAAGAAUGAAUUCUUCUCUGGUAAAUGCUCCCCAGGAUCCUUUAACAUUCAGGGAUAUAGCUGUGGACCUGUCACAGGAGGAAUGGGAAUGUCUAGACUGUGAUCAACGAGCAUUGUACAUGGAUGUGAUGUUGGAAAAUUAUAAAAAUCUGACCUUUGUAGAGACCCAUCGCAGACAUGGUAAAUAUGAGAACGUCUUGGAUCGAGGCACAAAGGAUAUCCUGCACAAUCCUGAGAAUAUCCAAGAGAAGUUAUAUAUUUGUAAUAAGCUUGUCAGACUGAUUGAAUCCUUCCAAUGUAGACUUCAUAACACAAGUGAUACUGCAGAAAACAGCAAGUACAGAUCUGGUAACUAUGGCGAUACCUCUGUUGAAACAGUAAAUAUGAAGAGACACAAACGUGGAAACACUCGAGAAGAUCCUUGCAAAAAUGAGGAUUAUGAGAACUGUUUUAAUUUGUAUUACAACAUUAGCCAAAACCAAAGAGUCAACAUAGGAAAGAAAGAACACAAAAAGAUAGCAUAUGAUAAAUCUUUUGACUCUAAACAUAAAAUUAUGCUGAAACAAACCAAUAGAGCAAAAAAAGGAGACCAAAACAAGAACUCUGAAAAAUGCUCUAAGUUGGACUCAAACAUCAGUAGGCAUCAGAGAGCUCCUACAGGAGAGAAACUCUAUAAAUGUAUGGAAUGUAAUAAAUCCUUUCAGCAGUUGUUCCAACUCAAAGUACAUUACAAUUUCAAGUGUAGUGAAAAACCCUACAAAUCUCUUAAAACUCAUCAAAGAAUUCAUAUAGGAAAGAAACCACACAAAUGUAGUGAAUGUGGCAAAUCAUUUAUGAGUACGUCAUAUUUUAGAAUACAUCAGAGGGUACAUAAAGAAGGGAAGAAACCUUACCAAUGUGGAGAAUGUGACAAAACUUUCAUAGAGAAAAACAGUCUUAGAAUUCAUCAGAGAAUUCAUACAGGAGAGAAACCUUACAAAUGUAGUCAAUGUGACAAAUCCUUUAUGUUUAAAGGCAGCAUAGUAGUUCACCAAAGAGUACAUACAGGAGAGAAACCUUACCAAUGUGGUGAAUGUCAGAAAUUCUUUACGCAGAAAAGUGGUCUUCGAACUCAUGAGAAAAUUCAUACAGGAGAAAAACCACACAAAUGUAGUGAAUGUGGCAAAUCAUUUCUGAGUGUGUCGUAUCUUAGAAUACAUCAAAGAAUACACACAGGAGAGAAACUUUACAAAUGUAGUCAAUGUGACAAAGCAUUUAUCCAGAAAGACUCUCUAAUAACUCACCAGAGAACUCAUACAGGGGAGAGACCUUACAAAUGUAGUGAAUGCGACAAAUGCUUUACCAGUAGGUCCUUUCUUAGAAGACAUCGGGAAAUACAUUCCGAAGAGAAACCUUACCAAUGUGGUGAAUGUGACAGAUCCUUUAGGGAGAAAAGCAGGCUUAAAGCUCAUCAGAAAAUUCAUACAGGAGAGAAACCACACAAAUGUAGUGAAUGUGGCAAAUCAUUUGUGAGUAUAUCGUAUUUUAGAAUGCAUCAGAGAAUACACACAGGAGAGGAACUUUACAAAUGUAGUCAAUGUGACAAAUCAUUUGCCCUGAGAUACAGUCUAAUAAGUCAUCAGAAAUUACAUACAGGCGAGAGACCUUAUAAAUGUAGUGAAUGUGACAAAUCAUUUUUCAAUAAGGCUGCCCAUAGAAUACAUCAGAGGACACAUACAGGAGAGAAACCUUACCAUUGUAGUGAAUGUGACAAAUCUUUUACACAGAAAGGCAGUCUUAAAACUCAUCAGAGAAUUCAUACAGGAGAGAAACCUUACAAAUGUAGUGAAUGUGAGAAAUCCUUUACUUAUGGCUCAGAAUUUAGGAAACAUCAGAGAUUUCAUACUGGUGAGACACUCUACAAAUGUUAUGAAUGUAACAUAUCGUUUACCCGUCGUGAAUUUUUUACAAUACAUCAGAGAAAGCAUUCAGGAGAGAGACCUUACAAAUGUAGUGAAUGUGACCUAUCAUUUAUGAGUAUCUCAUAUCUUAGAAGACAUCAGAGAACCCUUACAGUUGAGAAACCUUAUAAAUGUAGUGAAUGUAACAAACUCUUUUCCCAGAAAUGCCAUCUUAAAACUCACCAGAAAAUUCGUAUGUGGGAGAAUCCUUACAAAUGUAGUGAGUGUGGGAAAUCCUUUAACACUGACUUAUGUCUUAGAAGACAUCAGAAAGUUCAUACAGGUGAGAAACCCUACAAGUGCUAUGAAUGUGACAAAUCCUUUACCUAUGGUUCAUCUCUUAGAACUCAUCAGAGAAUUCAUACAGGAGAGAAACCUCACCAAUGUAGUGAAUGUGACAAGUCCUUUACGAGUACCUCAUAUCUUAGAAUACAUGAGAGAAACCAUACAAAAGAGAAAAAGUCCAAAUAAUAAGUAAUCAGUGACACAUCUUUUAUCCAACCUUAGAACAUAUGAAAGAAUUCAUACCUGAGAGAAACCUUUCAAACGCACUGUAUGAGAAAAAGUCUUUACCUGCCUUUCACAUGUAAGGAAACAUCUAAAAAUUCAUAGUGGGGAGUAAAGACAUUUGAAAUAAUGUGGCUUCUGCUUUCUCCAAUUUUUACUUCUUCAACCUGAAGUAAUUCAUAAGACAAAAUGGAGAAGUCUGAAGCCCUGUCUUUGGUCUUGUGUAGCAAUUUCCUAGAAACUGAGAUGAUCCAUUCUGAAGGAAAGCUGAUUAAGGCAGGAGAUAAGCUGCUCAGAAUAGCUUCAAGAUGAUGUGGGAUUGCCUUUUCUAUGCUGUGAAUAUGUUUUAUUACCAUUGGUUAAUAAAGAAGCUGUUUUGCCCUAUGGCAGGCAGAAUAGAGCUAGGCAGGAAAACUAAAGUGAAUGCCAAGAGGAAGCAUGGAGACACCAUGUAUCUGCCAACAGAGAAAGAUACCAGAACCUACUGCUAGGCCACAACUUCUUGGUGGUACACAGAUUAAUAGAAGUGGGUUAAGAUGUAAGAGCUAGCUAGGAAUAUGCCUAAGCUAUUGACUAAACAGUGUUGUAAUUAAUAGUUUCUGUGUGAUUAUCCAGGUCUGGAUUGCCAGGAAAUAAAUAAGCAUUCUCAGUUUAUAUCAAGAUAUCCCUGAAACUGACAGGAUUCAGUAUGUUUAACUGAAAUGUCAAAACUUAGACAUAGGAGCUGGAGAGAUGGCUCAGUGGUUAAGAGCAUUGCCUGCUCUUCCAAAGGUCCUGAGUUCAAUUCCCAGCAACCACAUGGUGGCUCACAACCAUCUGUAAUGAGGUCUGGUGCCCUCUUCUGGCCUUCAGGCAUACACACAGAAAGAAUAUUGUAUACAUAAUAAAUACAUACAUAAAUAAAUAUUUAAAAAAAAACUUAGACAUAAAUCAUGCAACUCAAGAUUGGUCAAACUGGACCAUCAAGAUAGGAUGCUUCUUAAUCUGUAUGUAUCCCUGUAGGUGUGCAGUAUAUUUCAGGUGUCCAAUUUUUUUUUAAAGAUGUAUUUAUUAUGUAUACAACAUUCUGCCUCGAUGUAUUCCCGCACACCAGAGGAGGGCACCAGAUUUCAGUACAGAUGGUUGGGAGCCACCAUGUGGUUGCUGGGAAUUGAACUCAGGACCUCUGGAAGAGCAGUCAGUGCUCUUAACCUCUGAGCCAUUUCUCCAGCCCCCUCAGGUGUCCAAUAUUCAUAAGCUAUAUCACAUGCUCAUUUUGAGUUUGAGGAUCGCAACUACCUUUUUGUCACCUGUGCUCUGAUAAGCAACUCUCCCCAUAUUCCUGCAACUCCCAAUAAAGCUCAUUGAUUUAGCAAGUUGAAUUUGGUUCUGUUUUCAGUUUCCAAUUGGGGUGAGUAGUUGGACCUAUAUGUUGUAUUGUAGUAGGAGCUGUGGGCCUCUUCCCACAGCCCGGCUCAUGGCUGCCUAGCUAGCUUAUGCCCCGAAAUAAAAACACACAAAUUGUAUUCUUUUAAACACUGCUUGGCCCAUGUUCUAUUCAUGUGUGUAGCACCCCAAGGUGCGCUUAGCGGGAAGAUUCUAGCCUACGUCCAUCCUGGGUCGGAGCUUCAUCGCAUCUGCUCUGGAGAGGAGAGCAUGGCGUCUGUCUCUCAGAGGAGCUGCCCUGCAUCUGAGCUCACUUCCUCUUCCUCCCAUCAUUCUAUUCUGUCUACUCCACCCACCUAAGGGAUGGCCUAUCAAAUGGGCCAAGGCAGUUUGUUUAUUGACAAAUGACCUUCCUCCAUCAUUGUAUCUCCCCAGGAAGUGUCUCAUAAAACAUGUAGUGAACCCAUUUAUUAAUUUGUCCUUGAAACUUGUAAGUGGGAAACUGAUAAUAGAGCUAUUCUGGGUUUUGCCCUCUUUCAGAUUAUGAUCCUUUCAUUGGAGCUUCCCAAGAUAAAUGAAAACCUGAAAUUCUGAUUGUUUUAGGAACUGAGACACCACUUCCAUCUGUCUCCUGGCAAGUCUACCCACAUGUUAGUAUGCCCACAUUCAAUUACUUUGAAUUGUCUUAAGGGGUCACAGCAUUAAGAAAUUUGGUAGCACUGUAUUAGAGAGAAGGAAUUAGAGUUAACUAAAGUAAGGAAGAUUGUGCUUGAUCAUCCUGGAAUUAUUUCCAUGUUAGUACUUAAUUGUGGUAAGAAGGCCUUCACAGGAACGGAAUGUAUUCUUGGGGAGAGUCAGAGGGAUCUUUUCUUUGCAUUCAUUGAGGAGUAAGAGUGAAGUCUGCAAGAAGGAAAAUGAAAAAAAAAAAAAAACAGUUGAAAACAUGUCAGUGGCAGAUACCAUCCAAACUGGGUUAUUUACUUGAAUAGACUCAUGCUACUUUCCCAUGAUUCGACCAAACUCUGGUGCCCCUCAGAACAAUUCUACCUGUGGAUAAAUACUAUAGUCUUUUGUAUGUGUGUGUAUUUCUGUAAUUUUAACACUCAAUUCUACAGGCCUUAAGAAAUUGAAUUUCUGGUCCUCAUAAACUUUUCAUAAAAUACUAAUGUUCGCAUCCCAGUCUAUUCAUAAUGAACUGGAACUCAAUA